AUGGAAGGGCAAGUCUCGCAGGCACGGGGACCGACGCAACGAAGCCAAGAAGGGGAAGCCGGCGUGCGGAGGCGUGCAGCGGAGAGAGAGACAGACCACUCUUCGACCAAACCCUCGCCCCAGGCAUGGAACUCGCCCGUCGAGCCGCUCCUCGGACGUGCGCCGACGACAUCUACGGCAUUCCCAUCCCUUCCCCCAACGCGCAGAUGACGAUACAAGAGCUCCACCGGGAGCUCUUGCAGGAGCAGAUCCGCCAGCGAGUCAUCGUGGCCGAACUGGCCAAGCAGCAGCAGCUGGAGGCUGACUUCCAGCGCGAACUCUUGUACCGUGAUGUCGAUGCCAGGUUCCGGCAGAUCACAAUGCCCCGCCAUGGCACAUCCCCUUUGCCUCAUGAUGAGCCACGGGACGUGCCCGUGCCGCUUGCGAGACGGCCCGUUAAAGAUCGGAUUGAGGAAUGGUACCAACCCCCAUGGUGCAGUCUGGCGAGCGAGGAGGAUGAACCAAUGGUUGGGGCUAAGCGGCACAAAAAUGCACUCUCUGGGGUGAAGAGGAAACGGACUGCAGAAGAUCCAUCGUGGAUUUGCAGCAUGUGCGAUGCGAAAUGCUACAAUGAAACAGAUUUACAGAAUCACUUAAGAGGCAGAAGGCACCAAGAGAACAUAGAAGCUCUGCAGGGACAAGACAAGGGAGCUGAAGCGAGGUUGCAUGAAAAAGGAGUUGCCCAGCUUGCAGACAAGAACCUGAAACCAGUGUCAAAAUGGUUGUGCAGCAUCUGCGAUGCUAACUGCACAUCUCAGUCUGACCUUGCGAAUCACCUCCGAGGCAGAAGGCACCAAAGGAAGAUAGAAGCUUUUCAGGGAGAAGGCAAAGGAAGUGAAGCAAGGCUUCAUGAAAAGAACAUGCCCCUGCUUGCGGACAAUAACCAGAAACAAGUGCCAAGAUGGAUGUGCAGCAUCUGCAGUGCUAACUGCAAAUCUCAAUCUGACCUCUCGAGUCACCUCCGAAGCAGAAGGCACCAAGAGAACAUAGAAGCUUUUCAGGGAGAAGGCAAGGGAAGUGAAGCAAUGCUGCAUGAAAAGAAAAUGCCACAGCUUGCGGCUAAUAACCAGAAACCAGUGCCAAGAUGGACAUGCGACAUCUGCAGUGUUAACUGCACAUCUCAAUCUGUCCUCGAGAGUCACCUCCGAGGCAGAAGGCACCAAGAGAACAUAGAAGCUCUGCAGGGAGAUGACAAGGGAACUGAAGUGUCAAGAUGGACGUGCGAUAUCUGCAAUGUUAACUGCACAUCUGAAUGUGACCUCGAGAGUCACGUCCGAGGCAGAAGGCACCAGGAGAACAUAGAAGCUUUUCAGGGAGAAGGCAAGGGAAGUGAAGCAAGGCUGCAUGAAAAGAAAAUGCUCCAGCUUGCCGACAAUAACCAGGAACCAGUGUCAAGAUGGAUGUGCAACAUCUGCAAUGCUAACUGCACAUCUGAAUCUGACCUCGAGAAUCACCUCAGAGGCAGAAGGCACCAAGAGAACAUAGAAGCUCUGCAAGGAGAUGGCAAGGACCCUGAAGUGUCAGGAUGGACGUGUGAUAUCUGCAAUGCUAACUGCACAUCUCAAUCUGACCUCGAUAGUCACCUCCGAGGCAGAAGGCACCAAGAGAACGUAGAAGCUUUUCAGGGAGGUGGCAAGGGAACUGAGGCGUCAAGAUGGAUUUGCGAUAUCUGCAAUGCUAACUGCAUGUCUCAAUCUGAUUUCGAGAGUCACCUCAAAGGCAGAAGGCACCAAUCAAACGUGCAAGCCUGAGUUCUCAGUGCAUGCAAUUGAGAUGUCUAAACAUAAGUAAGCAUAACUCAUAAACUUAAGUAGGAUCUCUUCUAUUUUGGGGCUAACUUGUAUGAGAGUUGUUGGCCUGGGCUUGGUAGACUCAACUCUAGAACUUAGCAACUGUUAACGGUUCAUGCCGAGAGAAGCUCGGUAUGGCUUCCCAUUUGGUACUUUGCACAUGAGGGAUGCAAAGCAUAUUUUGCCCAUUAUUUCGCCAGCUUAAACUGUCAUCAGUCCACACUCUGUUGGAACAUUUUGAACGGACCGCAAGCUUGACAAAUAUGCAUGAUCUUUA